CAGUGAGUACACAAAGCGGCGGGUGAGGGGAAGCUUCGCAGGCGUGCACCGAGCAGUGAGAUCACUGGCGUUAUAAAUAUCCCGGUGCCAGCGCCGAGAUCCGCUCGAGUGGCCUCCGGCUCUCUCCCCUUCUCCCUCUCUCUUCCCCUGGGGCUAUGUCCACCCGGUGCGGCGAGGGGGGCAGCGCCAGAGGCACGCAGCCGCGCGGGGGCUACGGAGCCCAGAAGCAGCCCUACAAGAUGCACUUAGGACCCCCGCGGCUGGAAGAAUGAGCUUGUCCUUCCUCCUCCUCCUCUUCUUCAGCCACCUGAUCUUCAGCGCCUGGGCUCACGGGGAGAAGCGCCUCGCCCCCAAAGGGCAACCCGGACCCGCUGCCGCCGACAGGAACCUGGGAGGCUCCAGCAGCAGCCGGAGCGCCGGUAGCACCUCGUCUUCCUCUGCCUCGUCCGCCCCCGCGGCUUCUCUGGGCAGCCAAGGCAGCGGCUUGGAGCAGAGCAGUUUUCAGUGGAGCCCCUCGGGGCGCCGGACCGGCAGCCUGUACUGCAGAGUAGGCAUCGGUUUCCAUCUGCAGAUCUACCCGGAUGGCAAAGUCAAUGGCUCCCACGAAGCCAAUAUGUUAAACUUUGCUGCGCUCUGGUUUACCCGGGAAACCAGCACUAAGGGAGGAUGACUUACGUGUGCCCAAGGGAAGACCCCGAAUUAGCAGGCUGCAAGCACAGAUUGGAGUUGUGGAGGCUGAAAGACUUUGUCUGCGGUGGCUCUGGGCGUGCAAGCAAGCUUCACCCCCAGAUACCCAUCCUCUCUCCACAAAGACAUGGCAAGAGACAAGGAUUUUUGCAGCUUAGGCCUUGCUAGUUGGCAAGGCGUGGAAAAACAACUGAAAUAAAAUGAGAACAGAUUAAAUUCAGCUGAAGAAGAUGUUGUUCGGUGUCUAUUAUUUCCAUAGCACAGCUCAUUUGAACUCUAAGUUUAAAGCUAUCUACAAAGACACAGAGAUGUUUCCUGAAGAGUGUGUACAUGAACAUUUAACUCUUUCCUAAUGUAUUCUGGUACACAACGGCCUUUCAGCGUUUAAUCUGUGUCUUUUACAAGACUUGUUUUCGUUCACUCAUUAUGUCAUUUAUUCCUGCUAUGUAACUUGCAGUGAGCGUGGUAUUUUGGUACUUUUGGGCUAGCUAUUGUUGUUGUUGGUGGUGAUGAUGGUGGUGGUGGUGUUGCCUUCUAGAGAUGUUCACAUGGGAGAUACAACUCAAAUAUUCAAAUAAUCAUAGUGAUUUUCUGCUUUAAGAUGUCCGGAGUGUCUAGUAACUACUUCCUGAAAUGUUACUAUCACUGAUUGAUGAAGUAUUUAUGGAGUGUCUGAUGUUUGGUAGGAUGGCAUGUAAUUCGGAAAUUUCCGAUGGGUGACUGCCCUCGGCAGCUAUGCGGCAGGAACAGAAGGCUGUGACCUGCACAGUUAGUCAUUUACCUCAGAAAACAGCACUGCAUGGUUUCCUGACAUGUAUGUACACUGCCUGUGUUCAUCACGGACUGUUAGGGGUACAUGAGGAAACAUUUGUCUAAGUCUCACAGUAGGGAGCUGGGUCAGGGAUCAGAAAGGAUACCUCAGUUUGACCUCAAGAACUGAGUCUGUUGUCUGUGAGUUAGCAAUGAUAGAAAACUUGUGUUCUUUUUGUUAUAAACUAGCUACUUCAGACAGAAAGUCAAAGCUGUGCCAUGAACGCCUUCCUAACAGGUUCUUCUAAACUCAGGUUGUGUAAGAUUUGUCUGUUAGCUUAGUUAAAUGUCUGACAGUUAUCAUUUGACAUUAAAUAAGUUUGUAAAUUGUGAACAUUUUCUAGAUUCACCAUCAGAAGCACACUCUGGCUGAGGCUUUGAAACAUAAUUUGUAUAGUUUAAGUGUACUAGUUGUGUAUUCUUAGUUUCUUCCAUAAAAGUUUUUAUAAAUUUUGAAGACAAGAAAUAGAAUCAAGCUCAUUUCAAGUAAAUACCUAUUAGAAAGAAAUUCUGGGGAAAGAGGAAGCAAGCAGACACGAGAGAUAAGAUCCAACUAUUGCACAGAAACAAAGGGCUUGUUUGAAAUCAUAUACUUUGAAGUUCCAUUUUGUUACAAUACUUCUGUUGAUUGGUCUUGAGCUAUUGGAGGAAAAGCUAUCAAGUGAUUGUCAAUUUAGGGAAAAAAAAGUCCAAGGCUAUGUCUUCACAUAAAGUAUGAAUAUUCCAAUCAUAUAUGUUGACAAAACCCUCAAUUUUACUAAUUAAAAAAAAACCUGAAUUCAGUAUUAAUUUUGGUGUCAUGCAGAACCAUUAGACAGUCCCCCAAGCCUAAAUAAAUCUGAAUCUGUAUCUGCUGUGUAGAAUAGCUCAAGUGGAAUUUUUCUGUUACAAAAUUAAUCAGUGAUCCUGGCUGAAGUGGCUAUUUCAAGACUCCGCAUUGUGCGUUUCUUGGUGUGUGGAUGCAAGUAGAGAGACUUUAGUUUUACAUUAUUUUUCUUUGGGAAUUUUCAGAUGGGUUGCUGAAAGCUUCUGAAUAAUUAGAAUAUCUGUAUUUUUCCACAUUUUAUUCACCAAGAAAAGGGAGAUGUCUGUGUGUCUGUAUCAGCCACGGACAAUAGAGCCUGCAGAGGACUAUGCUCUCUUAGUGAAGUCAAUGUGCUUCACAAUGUACAACCAUCCUCACAAGUAAGUGCAUUAUACAGGGUGUGUAGCAUCUGAAAGACACGAAGAAAGGAAGAAAGCCUUGUUCCUUCAAAUUUGAUAUCAGCCCUGAAAUUCUAUCAAAAGAGAAUACUUCCUUUUGUCAGGCAAUGCCCUCUUCUUUUGAUGCCCUUAAACGUGAACACCUGAGGUAAGAGAACUUGCUGUCACUAGCAUCUUAAUGUGAAUUAAUUUAUACUGAGCCUUCCUCAUGCCCCUAAGCGGGAGUGGACCACCACAGAAGGAAGGUACUAUACAUGUGUUCAGAGAUGUGGGCGUGGGGGGCUCCUGACAAGGGAAAGCAGAGGUAGUCAGAGGAUGGAAGAAGGCAAUCCAGUUGAACAGUCAUUGACUAUCUGUGAUCUGGAAGACAAACUUGACCUUCCAUAAUCUUGGUUAGAGAUGCCAUUUUAGCAUCCAGAAAGGGAACUUUAAGUUUCCAUCAAAUUUAUUGUCCCUGACUCCUAAUGAUAAGAGUCAGGAUAAUAUUAAAAUUUUUAAAAAUCUAUGUUAGAAAAGAUGUUUUCUGAUAUUUAUGUGUGACUUAUGUACAUGAGUUUAUAAUAUUAUUUAGAAUUUUUUAAUGAGUUACUGGAUUUGGCAUAAUAAAACCAAUAGACUUGUGAACUCUUGGGGAGAAUGUGCAGUUUGUAGAAUUGUGAAUUUUGUAGAAUUUGCUUUGAAAUUUUAGAAAUUAAGACAUUUGUGAAAUCCCUGCUGAUAUUACUUUGGCAAAUAUGGACUUAAUAUGGUUCUCAAUAUUAGCUCAUAAUUAUAUCGAUUAUAUUUGGAAGGUCAAUACCAAAGUUGCCUAUGUGAAAAAUAUUUUUUUCAUUUAAUAUAACCUUUUUUCCUGUGUGUUCUUCAUAAAAUUGAAGAGUAUUGUAUAAAAGUAUAUUUUAAAGCUUUCAGCAAAAUGUAAUUUUCUUAAAGUUUAAAAAAAAUUAGUCUCAUACAUCAUUUUUUACUGAUAGUUACAAGAAAAGAAACCACACAGUACAUAAUAAAAUGAUAGUACUCUAACAUUUUUUCAUAUUCCAACUCUUUAAAAUUUAUUACAAUGCUAAUUCUACAUAAUAUAUACAUGGAGAAUGUACAUUGUGUUGAGAUAUAAGUUAAAUGGGUUAAAAUGGUUCUUUUUUUUAAAAAAAGAUUUAUUUAUUUUUAUUUGAAAGGCAGAGCAUCAGAGAAGGAGAGUUUUUUUUUUUUUUUUUUUUUUACAAAUUGAACAGCUUUAUUUAAAACAGUAUGGAAAAAACUUUUCUUCUACCAAGGGUCAUUUGGGUAUUUAUAACAUAUUUUGAAGACCAUACAAAAUCCUCAACUUAGAAGAACUGCCAUUUGGUGAGGUGCGCUUCACCAGUUGCUAGUAUUGAUAUUGGUAAUGUCCACCACCAAUGCGAGAUCACACGGAAACCUCCCUUCACCUACAUGAAUUGCUUCAUCCCACAGCUCAUAAAAAGCAUGAGUCCAUUUUUGCAACUCAGCCACCGCCUGUCACAGCGCUAAACAUCACCACACUUGUGUUCAGGAUCACUCACCAACCCCUCCAGUAUGAUGGCAGUGGCGUGUAAUUAAAUCGCUGCAGCUCCAUCUGUGAUAAAGCCACUUUCCUUUUUAUUAUAUGUAUAUUUGUUGAAUAUCUACUUGAGAAGCAAAGUUAUAGACAGUGGGAGAGACAGAGAAAGGUCUUCCAUCUGCUGGUUCACUUCACAAAUGGCCACAACAGCCAGAGUUGCGCCAGGCCAAAGCCGGAACCAAGAACUCAAUCUGGGUCCCCCACUUGGGUGGCAGAGGCUCAAACACUUGGGCCAUUAUUCAUUGCCUUCCCAGAGCAUUGACAGGAGGCUGGAUGAGAAGCAGAGCAGCUGUGGCUGGAACUGGCAGUCCGAUAUGGGGUAUUGGCAUUGCAAGCAGCCGCUUAAUCAGCUGUGCUACAAGGCUGCCCCCCCCCUUCCAAAAUGGGUCUUUCUUAAAAACGCAUAUUAAGAAUAAACAAACCUGAGUUUCGUGUCUCCCACUGUGGCUAAGAAUAGAUCGCUGUAAGCAAAUAAAAAAUAGAAUAUGUAGGUUGUUAGAAACCAACAGCUUACUUAGACAAAAUUUUGUAGUAUUUCCAUUAACCAAGGAUUUAUAAAGCUCUGCUAUGUCAGUCUCUUAAAAUUUAGCCUACAAACACAUAUACUUGUAGGAAUUUUAUCUUUAAUGCUACUGUGUAUUUUUUUCCUUGAUAUACAACAGACUUCCAUUUACAAAACCAGGUAAUUUUCUAGAGAAUGGAAUAAAAAGAGACCUACAACAAGAUAGGGCCAUGAAUAAACUGGGGUAUAUGUGCGAACUUCAUAUUGUCCCACUUAAAUCUAUCCACACAUACUUGAUUUCUCAUGCUCUCCUUUCCUCAUUUUUGAACACACACAUUUAUGUAGUAUUCACACUCACCUUACCUAUCUCCAAAACAUGAAAAAUAAUUAAUGAUGUUCUCAGUUCUGUGAUUCUGAUAGAAAUAGAACUUUGUGUCAGGUAUUCUGGCCAUGCUUUAUUAAUACAAUUAGUGCAUGUUACAUAUUGCUAAUGUAGUGAACUUCAAAGUGUUUUGUAUGCUUCCUUACUAGUUGAUAAAACGGUAAUGCUUCUAAACCUCCGGGCGGGUAACACAAAUAACUUUUAUAGUAAAAUCUAUUACAAAUAGCACUUUGAAGACAUUCUGAAGGAAAGGAUUUAUGGGACAGCAGUUUCUUUAGCAGUUUCUAAAAGAAAGGUAGUUACUUUCUAAAAGCUUUUAGGUGAUUUCUUUUCAUUCUAAAGAAACAUCCAUUAAUAAAUUGGUAGGUGCAGUUUCCCUGAGAUGUGGUUUAUUUACUCUGAACUAAAAAUGUUUACAACAUCAACAACAAAAUAUUUGUUCAACUCUCCCUUUUUCCUCAUGAAGUUUCUGAUCUAGUUUUUUUUUUUUUUUUUAAGAAACUAAGUUAAAAUAAAUAACUAGCACUAUUUGCUGCGAUUAGAGGUAUUAACUUAGACUGGUGCAAUGUAAGUGCUCAAUAAAGUUACUCAUGUUUAUGUGUUAAUAUGUGCCAUAUAUCUAUUUACAAUAGUCUUUUAAUAAAUUGAAUAAUUUUACGCAUACUUCAAAUACUGCAGGGGAAGUCAGCUUCUAUUUUCCGAAAUCUAGUGAAGUUCUCUAUUCAGCACAGUCCUGUUGAGGUACACUAAUUAGCGUACAUGCUCAGAAAACGAUUCAUUGAAAUGGUGGAUUGUUCUCUUCCCCUCUCUCUGUUCUCCCUUCGUUCCUUUCCAGGACAGGUGCAUUUUCAGCUCUAGCAAAUAUAUUCCUGUGUUUUUCUUUCUUUUAUUUGUUAAAGACAAUUUCAUGUUUUCAACUAAUUAAUAUUAUGCUUUCCUCCUGUUUGUGUAACAUUACAUAUGAGUUCAUGAAAAAGAGGUAGGCUUUCCAAUUAUAUGCAGAUAAGAAUUUUAUCUUCUUAACAUACUUUGUGCUGUGGUCUGUAAUUCUCUUCAUAUAGUGGAUGUGGACUUUGAAGUUACUGUAGAGGGAUAUUGACUUCAUAGUGCUAACCAUGAAAUACAAUAUGUAAACAAUAAUGUAAUAAAAUAGCUCAUUAAAUUUUCCAGGAAAGAUUCAAAAUGCAGGAUGUUUUGAAGCAUAGUCCAUUAAACACUUCCUUGAGCCAAUAAACCCAAGCUAUUCGUAAUGCAUUCAGUAUCUUGUCAUGUACAGUCUUUGUAAGAGCUGCUUACUAAGUGAUUGAAUAGGGUAUAUAUUUAUUUGUACCCUUAUAAUCAUGAUGACUAGAGAAUAGAUUUGAUUUAUUUAAAUAUAAAUUAUUUUCCAGGCUUUUGAAUGGUUUAUACUAGUCUUGAGUACAGACUUUAUGUACUUUUAUACAUAAAAAAUGAAUAAUUAUUCUGAAAGACACCAGAGAAAGAAAUCUUUUCAACUUCUUUAGAAAUUGAAAAAUUCUAUUGUCAGAUAUUGUUUACUGAAAUUUAUUUAUUAUUUACAGAGAAAAAUAAGCAUUACUAAUCCAGCAGAAUCACUAUUUUGAAUCUUGAAAUUAAUCAUUUUAAAUAAAUACUUGAAUGGUAUUCUGUGCAAAUAAUGUCACAAAAACAAGAAUAUAACUAUUUUUUAAAUCACAGUAAAAAAGAGUGGGAAAAUCUAUGUAGAAAUUUAAUUCUUCACAAUGAUACAUAGAAGAGUCUGUGUUUUAUUUUGGGA